GCACUGAUGUGAGCAGCAUUAAGAAUAAUUUUUUUUUGUAAACAUGCCGAUUGUGGUCAUUACAGGACUGCCGGCAAGUGGCAAAUCAACAAGAGCCCGUCAAUUGGCGGAUUACUUAACUGAAAGAGGCAAGAAAGUCCAUUUGGUAACCGAAAAUGAGGCUGUGCCCAAAGCUGGAUACGAGAAGAAUGCAUAUUUUGCAGACUCGCAGAAGGAGAAGCUAGGACGAAGUGAUCUAAAGUCGGAAGCCUCCAGGCAACUGAAUAAGGAGGAAGUUGUCAUACUCGAUGCAGGAAACUAUAUCAAAGGCUAUCGCUAUGAAUUAUUUUGUCUUACAAAGGCCUCCCGCACUACACAAUGCACACUCUUUUGUUGCAUACCCCAGGAUCAGGCCUGGACACUUAAUAUCAAACGUCAGGAUCCAGAUAGUUUGGAGCAAUUGACGAAUAAUUCGGCUGUACCCUAUACAAGAGAAAUUUUCGAUGCCCUCUGCAUGCGUUAUGAAGAGCCCAUGAGCAAUAAUCGUUGGGAUAGUCCUUUAAUGGUGGCCCUACCAGAGGAUGAACUAGAUGUGGAGAGCAUAUACAAUGCCCUGUACAAGUCACAACCACUGCCCGCCAAUCAGAGCACACAGAAUCCGCCCCUGGGUGCCACCAACUAUUUAUUCGAAUUGGACGAACUGUUACAACAGAUAAUCAAAGAAAUUCUUGGAUCUGUAAAAAUACGUGCCUUUGGCCAGCUCCGCAUUAAAGGUAGUAGCAAUGCCGUCAAAGUAACAACCUCCAUGAAUGCCAUGCAAUUGAAUCGACUGCGAAAGAAGUUUAUAACAAGCACAUGUGCGGCUAGCCAAACGACGCCGACUCCAUUGGAGCAAGUACCUCAACUGUUCGUGCAAUUUAUUAAUGCUAAUGUUAUUGGCUGUUAAUCCAUUCAUAAACCAAUUUGCUUUGAAAAAUAAAUAUAAAUAUUUAAAUAGC